AUGUUUCGCCGCGCUUUGCUGCUGCGGCACUCAGGGCGCUUGCUGAGCAGCGAGGCGCGGGCGCUCACCCUCGAGCAGGCGAUGACCUCCUCGCACCUCAUCCUGAGCGAGCUCGAGUCGCCGCAAAUGGUGCAGGCGAUGCAGGGCGCGGCGUCGCAGGGCGACCGGCUGCAAAAGUGGCAGACGGCCAACGCGGUGCUGAUCCAGGCGACGCUGCGCACGCUGCCGCAGGUCGGCUUCUCCGCCGACGCCGCCGGGCUGCACGCCUACACCGAGGCGUUUGCAGCGCAGGCGCGGAGCCCGCAGCCCGAGGUUCGCAGCGCGCUCGCCGGCGUCAACGUCUCCAAGUGGCGCACGCUGCUGCGGCACGCCUUCGGCUGCGACCCGGCGCCGCCGAUCGAGCGGAGCGCCGCGCGCGCGCUGGCGAUCGACAUGGUCGACGCGCUGCAGGACGAGGCGCUGCUCGCCGAGGUGGCGGGCAGCAGGGAGGGGCUCGGCUCGCGGCUCUCGGACCAGGAGCACCAGCUGCUGGUGGCGCGCGCGGUGGUCAACGUGCAGGCGGAGGUGAUGGCCAAGCACGGCUUCGAGGGCGACGCCGGCUUCGCGCAGGCGCAGGUCUGCCUGAUGGAGCACGCGCACGACGCCGUCGUCACCGCCUCGGUCGCCGCGGCGACGACCUCGCUCUACGCGCGCGCGGGCAUCAACCUGCAGGAGACGUUUCGGCAGGCCACCGGCGCACCACCACGCACCGCGAGCGGCAUGAAGGUGACCGCCUCCGAGUUCAUCGCCCAGUCGCUCGUCGACGCAGGCGUGCGAACCGUUUACGGUGGCCACGGCGGCGCGCUCGUCCCGCUCGUCAACGCUGUCGUCGACCACCCGGAGCUUCUGUGGGUGUGCACUCGCAACGAGGCGAACGCGUCGCUCAUGGCGGCGGCCGACGCCAAGCUGCGGCUCGGGCUCGCCGCUUGCAUAGCGACCAGCGGGCCGGGCGCCUCCAACCUCGUCACCGGCCUCCUCGACGCGCACCUCGACCGCGUGCCGCUCAUCGCAAUCACGGGCACCAAGCCGCGCAGCGACCUGGCGCACUCCGAGUUCCAGGACAUCGACCAGUCGCGCCUCUUCGCGGCGGGCGGACUCAGCUACUCAGUCACGGUCUCCGACCCGCUGCAGCUCGUGGCGGUGAUGCGCGACGCUGUCGCGACGGCGCUCACGCACCACUGCUGCGUUCACGUCGGUGUGCCCGUCGACAUCCAGGGCGCGCUGCUCUCUGCGCCCGAGCACCUCUGCUCCGCCAACCCGGCCGAGAUGAAGCGGCGCGUCGAGGCGCAGAUUGGCGACCCGGACGACAUCGCCGGCAUCGCAGAGCUGCUCGCCUCGGGCAAGGAGCGAGAGCCUUCUUCUUCGCGCUCGGCCUGA